AUGUCAACCUCCCUAACCCUCAACGCCUUCACUCAUCCCCACCCCUGGGCACCCACCACCAUCCGGCUCUCGCCCACCCCAUCUCUUGUCUCCGCCCAAGGUUCAAUAACACACCAACUCUACAUCCUAGACUGCCGCGGCCACGAUGCACGCGACAUGCAAAGAACGCUCAACUACAUCACAGCCGAGCUGCGGAUGCGAGAGAUCGAAGACUUGGCUCUAGCAGAAGCCAGUCGCAAGAUGGCGAACGCAGAAGGCAAAUCCGACGGGAAGACUGAUGAAGAGAACGGUAAAGAUGGAAAGACAGGCCCUUGGAUCAAGAAAAAGGAUGGAGGUGCACGGAUGCGGGAGAUGGAAGAUGAAGACAAGCGCUGGGAGAAGGAGAGUGGCGGGAACCCGCGGUGGGGCGAGGGUAGGACUGCGCAUCUGUACGGCAAGUAA